CGUUGUGCCUCGCCAGGUGAAGCUGGCCUUCUCGCAGGACCGGGCCCUGCCGGGCUCAGAGCUCCAGCUGCGGGUGCAGGCUGCCCCCGGGUCCCUGUGCGCCGUCCGCGCCGUGGAUCAGAGCGUGCUGCUCAUGAAGCCCGAGGCCGAGCUCAGUGUCGACAUGGUCUAUAACUUGCUCCGCAAUUUUCCCCACGGAGGCUAUCCCACCGCAGAUCAAGUGUAUAUGCAAUGUGAUCAUACACACAUGAGUGAGAUAUCAAAUAUGCAAGAAGUAGGUCCAAUUCUUACCUUCCGUGGCUUUGUUUGGAGUAAUGUUCGGAGGCGGCGCAGAUGGACUAGCAGUUGUAUCCCCCCUCAGGCUGAUGCCUACAGCCUAUUUAAGGAUGUGGCUUUGGAAAUUCUCACCAACACCAAGAAGCCCCGUGAACAUGGCAACUUUUCUUUACCUUUAGAUUUGAUAGGCCAGGGUGCCUGGCCUCACCCCGCAUUGUCCUCACCAGUCAUGACCCCUAAGAACGUGGAGGCAGGUGUGGAUAUUGCAGCAGGGACCCCAGUGAGCAACACCCUGCCCAUGCCAGAACCCAGCGUCCAGGAGGAGCCAGCACCACGUGCGUAUUUCCCAGAAACGUGGCUGUGGGACCUGGUGCCUGUGGGCGAGGGGGGCUCCAAGGACGUCCCAGUCUCGGUGCCCGACACCAUCACAGAGUGGAAAGCUGGGAUGUUCUGCACGGCGGAGUUGGGCUUUGGGCUCUCGCCCACGGCCACCUUCACGGCCUUCAAACCCUUCUUUGUGGAGCUGGCCUUGCCGUACUCCGUGAUCCGGGGAGAGACCUUUGCCCUAAAGGCCACCGUCUUCAACUACCUGCGGCAGUGCAUCAAGGUGCGGGUGAUGCUGGCGGAGUCUGCACAGUUCCAGGUGCAGGCGGGCGAGGACGGCGCCUACACCAGCUGCCUCUGUGCAGACAAAGGGAAAACCUUCCAGUGGGAGGUGACGGCGAACAGCCUCGGGGCGUUGGUCUGUCUAACGGGGCGUCUCCCGCCUUGCUCGGCAGGGGAGGUGAACGUCACCGUCAGCACCGAGGCUCUGCGCACCGAGGAGCUGUGCGGCACAGAGGUGGCUGUGGUGCCAGCCCAGGGGCGAGUGGACACCGUGAUAAAGCCCCUGCUGGUCCAGCCGGGGGGGAUCCUGGAGGAGAAGGCGCACAGCUCCCUGCUCUGCCAGGAAGCCUCCGAAGAAAUCUCCUUGCAGCUGCCUGCGAACGUCCUGGCAGGGUCCGAGCGGGCCCACGUGACUGUCCUGGGAGACAUAAUGGGCACGGCUCUGCAGGACAUAGACCACCUGCUGGCCAUGCCCGAUGGCUGCGGAGAGCAGAACAUGGUCCAGUUCGCUCCCAACAUCUACAUCCAGCAGUACCUGGAGAAGAGCGGGCAGCUGAGCCCGGAGAUCAGAGACAAGGCCCAGGGAUUCCUCCAGAGCGGCUACCAGCGCGAGCUGCUCUAUAAACACAAUGACGGCUCUUACAGCGCCUUUGGGGAUAGCGACGACACGGGCAACACCUGGCUGACGGCCUUCGUUCUCAAGUCCUUUGGUCAGGCCAGGCCCUACAUCUCCAUCAAUGAAAAGCACCUAGAGGACGCCCUAAGGUGGCUGCAGCACCACCAGCUGGAGAACGGCUGCUUCCGCAGUGUGGGGAAGCUGUUAAACAACGCCCUGCAGGGCGGCGUGGUGGAUGAGCUCUCUCUCUCGGUUUACAUCACGGCAGCGCUGCUGGAGUUGGGGCAGCCGCUCACGGACCGUAUGGUUACCAGGGCCCUCCAGUGCCUCCGGGAGUCGAGCACCAGUGACCUCUACACGCAGGCGCUGCUGGCCUACGCCUUCGGGCUGGCGGGGAGCACUGAGCUGCGGGACGCUCUCCUGCAGCGCCUGGCCCAGCACAGCGUCAGCGCCGGGGGACAGCUGCACUGGCAGAGGAAGGUGAAGGCCCUGCCCAGCCCCUAUGGGAACCAGGCCCUGUCGGCGGAGGUGGAGAUGACUGCUUAUGUGCUCCUGGCCUAUCUCUCCCUUCCCAACGUGUCUGCUGCCGACAUGACGACCGCCGCCCAGAUCGUCCGCUGGCUCAGCAAGCAGCAGAACCCCUACAGGGGCUUCGCCUCCACGCAGGACACGGUGGUGGCCCUGCAGGCCUUGGCCAAAUACGCGGCCCUGACGUACAGCGCGAGCAUGGCUGUGUCGGUGAUGGUGAGCUCCUGCGGGGCCUGGCAGCAAUUCCACGUGGAGAACGCCAACCGGCUGGUGCUGCAGCGAGCGGCCCUGCAGGAGAUCCCCGGGCAGUACACGGUGCGGGCCAGCGGCAAGGGCUGUGUCUUUGUGCAGCUGACUCUGCGUUACAACGUGCCGCCCCCAAAGAGCGCCACAACCUUUGACCUGCGGGUGGAGACGGAGCCAAAGGAGUGCACCGAGAGCGCCAGAUCCCGCUUCAGCCUCGUGCUGCACGCCUGUUGCAGGUACAGCGGGGAGCGCCCAGCCUCCAACAUGGCCAUCAUCGAGGCCAAGCUGCCGUCCGGCUACACCUCCGUCAAGAGCUCCCUGCAGCAGCUGGAGAAGCAGCCUUUGGUGAAGAGGCUGGAGGUGCAGAACGACCAGGUGACGCUCUAUCUGGACCAGCUGAUGAAGGAGGCGGCAAAUUUCACCUUUUCCCUGGAGCAGGAUUUCCCUUUGAAGAAUCUCAGAGCAGCCCCAGUGAGACUGUACGAUUACUAUGAGAAGGGUGAACACACAGAGGCCGAGUACAGCGCCCCCUGCGGCUCAGCCCCCGACGCUGACACAAUGGAAAAUUCCCACUGAAGCCCCCACCCCUGCUGGGCAUCCCGCUCCCUUCCCAUCCCGAGAGCACCGCACCGUCAGCCAGAAACCCCAGGAUCGGGGGGGCACGGACAGGCCUCGUCUCAUCUCCUGCUCUUCCCUAUACAAUUCGCCCUACCCCCUGGCCCUGGGCUGGAAGGAGGCUGCAGCCCCAAGCCGAGACACAGACUCUUAGCACCUCCUUCAGCCAACGCCUCCCCGUUCGCUCUGCAAACAUCCCAACUUCUAUCCCAUCUCUCAGCCUCCAGACCGGCCCGCGUGAUCCCAACUGUCUGUCACACGCGGGGACCAGUGGCUGCAGUGGGGACCCCUGGGGUUUGUUGCCCCUCGUGCCUGGAGCGGCAGGUUCAGUGUAAACCAAAAUACAAAAACCCAAUGUCUU